AUGGACGAGAGUGGGUGUGUCGAAAGGAAAGUAAUGGGCGUGUGGAAAACACACUCUGCGACCAUAGGUUAUGGUAAUUUCUAGACAACUGGGUUAGUUUAGUGAUCUUCUUGUCGGAAAAUCGAAACUCUACAGAGUUCCCGAGUUGGGAUGACCGUUCAAAAAGAUUUUUCCCAGUCAGAGCUCGUUUUACCCCAGUUCCCAGUUGUCUUGAACGCACUGGAAGUCGGAUAUUUCCGAGUUCCCAGUUGUUUUGAAAGCUACAUAUAGUGUGUGAAUUUGUUGCUGGACUGGCAGACAACGUUCAAUCGGAACCGCGCAUAAAGUUUUUAAUUCGGUGUGUUUCUGAGGACGAUUUCAGGAUAGGAGCGUUUGCGUUUAGUAUUUUUAGUUAUACAUAAGGAGAAAACUACAAGAUAAUAUUUUGGGAUUGUUUUGCGGUUGAAUCUUUUUGAAAAGCCUACAAGAAUGAAGUCUAAAAAUAGAGUAAUGGGAAAGUUCCUAUGUUAAUCACGAAGAGAGGUGAUUACUGAUGAUUUCGGAUUUACGAAGUAGGAAUUCGUAUUUUUAGGAAAAUAUCCUGCAUAGGCUACGGGAGGAUUAAUAUUUUUUUCUUCAUAUGAGUGGUCCCAUAUCCUCCGUCCCGAGUUUUAUUCAAAGUUGAAAAACCAAGAUGGCGGCGGAUUCCCUACAGGGAGACGCCAGGAGUCUGGGUGAGAACCUGGACCUGUCAGACACCGUGGUGCAGCAGAGGUUAGAGGAGCUCAAGGACCACAUCAAGAGGGAGAUCAGGAAGGAGUUGAAGAUUAAGGAAGGAGCUGAGAACCUGAAGAAGGUCACCACGGACAAGAAGAGCCUGGCCUACGUUGACAACCAGCUGAAGAAGAGCAACAGGAAGCUGGAGGAGCUGCACCAGGAGCUUCAGGAGCUCAACGCUCACAUCGUGGUCAAGGACCCAGAGAUCCUGCUAGUUCCCGGCUGCCCUCUGACCCCAGACACCCCCAGCAGUGAGUCCAGAAUGUGCAGUAGCAGACUGGGGGCUCUGAAGAAGCAGAACGACAUUGAGCUAAAAUGCAAACAAGGAGCUGAGAAUAUGAUUCAAAUGUAUUCCAAUGGAUCCUCCAAGGAUAAGAAGCUGCUUGCCACUGCUCAGCAGAUGCUGCAGGACAGCAAGACCAAGAUAGAGUUCAUCAGGAUGCAGCUCCUCAAAGCCAGCCAGACUGGUGAGACCAACUACAGCGAUAACGACGUCUCUGUGUCCAAGCCCAUCAUCAGUCCUCUGGACCUGAGACUAGAGGAGCUGCGACAUCACUCCAGGAUAGAACAUGCUGUAGCUGAUGGAGCCCAGAACGUCAUGAUCCUGCUGGGCUCUUCUGGGAAAGUUACGGAGAAGAAGGCCCACUCUGAGGCUCAAGCCCGGUUCAAUGAGUCCAAUCAGAAGUUGGACCUGCUGAAGUUAUCUCUGGAGCAACGGCUGAGCGAGCUGCCUAAGAACCACCCUAAGAACCUUCUCAUCAUGGAGGAGUUAGCCAUGGUGGUGUCCCCGCCACUCAGCCCACGCCAUAGCGUUAUGUCUACAUACAACCAGUACAGCACGGUCACCAAGCCUGCUGCACUCACAGGUACGUUGGAGGUGCGUCUGAUGGGCUGUCAGGACCUGCUGGAGGACGUCCCAGGUCGCUGUAAGACCCCCUCAGCCUCCCACCCCGGCUGGAGCCCCAGUGAACAGCGAUCCUCAUUCAUGUCCAGAAGCAACAAGAACAAAGGAGCCAGCUCACGCAACCUCUCCAAGACCGACGACCUGUCCAACGAGAUCAGUGCUGUGCUGAAGUUGGACAACACUGAAGUGGGACAGACCAGCUGGAAACCAGUCAGCAACCAGUCCUGGGACCAGAAGUUUACAUUGGAACUAGACAGGUCUCGUGAGCUGGAGAUCUCAGUCUACUGGAGAGACUGGAGAUCACUGUGUGCCGUCAAGUUCCUUCGCCUGGAAGACUUCUUGGACAACCAACGACAUGGCAUGUGCCUCUACCUGGAGCCUCAGGGGAAACUGUUUGCUGAGGUUACAUUUUUCAACCCAGUCAUUGAGCGGAGGUCAAAACUUCAAAGGCAAAAAAAGAUCUUCUCCAAACAACAAGGGAAGACGUUCCUGCGUGCCCCUCAGAUGAACAUAAACAUCGCUACGUGGGGUCGGCUGGUGAGGAGAGCCAUCCCCUCUGUCAACAACUCCUUCAGUCCAGCUCAGCUGCCAGACAUGGGGACAGAGCUCGGUCCUGAGUCCCAGUCCAUCCUGCACCUGGCCUCCCCCAGUGACCUGAUAGUGACCAAACUGGAGUUUGGCAAAGAGCCCCCACUUCCCAUGAAGCGCCACACUGUGGCUUCUAUUGGAGAGCCCAUUCUGGAGAGCAGUAUUGCAGACGGAGAGAAAGUACAGGAAGCCAUGUCUACAUUUGACUUCCUGAAUGAGAGCAGGAACAGUAUGUUGAAGUGUAACCUCGACGACAGUGUUAUUGUAGAGCAGCCCAAUGAGAGGUUACCUGUCCAACUCACCACGGAUACCAGGGAGAAGGAAGACUUCCAGUUCAGUCUCAUAGACUUUAAAUGUGUGGCAGUCCUGGGCCGAGGACACUUUGGAAAGGUGCUCCUGGCUGACUAUGAAAGUACUGGGGAGAUGUUUGCUAUCAAGGCCCUGAAGAAAGGAGACAUCGUAUCACGUGAUGAAGUAGACAGCCUGAUGUGUGAGAAGCGUAUCUUUGAGACUGUGAACAACGUCAGACACCCCUUCCUGGUCAACCUGUUUGCGUGCUUCCAGACAAAGGAGCACGUGUGCUUUGUCAUGGAGUACGCGGCUGGUGGUGACCUCAUGAUGCACAUACACACAGACGUGUUCCAAGAACCUCGGGCAGUGUUCUAUGCUGCUUGUGUUGUCUUGGGAUUGCAGUAUCUUCAUGACCAUAAGAUUGUAUACAGAGACCUGAAGCUAGACAACUUGUUGCUGGACACAGAGGGAUAUGUGAAGAUCGCUGACUUUGGCCUAUGUAAAGAAGGGAUGGGCUAUCAGGACCGUACCAGUACGUUCUGCGGUACUCCUGAGUUCCUGGCCCCUGAGGUGCUGACAGAGACGUCAUACACACGGGCCGUGGACUGGUGGGGCCUAGGGGUGCUCAUCUUUGAGAUGCUGGUGGGGGAGUCCCCAUUCCCUGGAGAUGACGAAGAGGAGGUGUUUGACAGCAUCGUAAACGAUGAAGUCCGCUACCCACGAUUCCUCUCUACCGAAGCUAUUUCCAUCAUGAGAAGGCUGUUGAGGAGGAACCCAGAGAGACGUCUUGGGGCUGGUGAGACAGAUGCAGAAGAAGUUAAGAAACAUCCGUUCUUCAGGAGUGUGGACUGGGACGGUCUACUGGCUAAGAAGGUGCGGCCAGAGUUCAUUCCCACCAUCAAGGGUAGAGAGGACGUCAGUAACUUUGACGACGAGUUCACCUCAGAAGUACCAAUCCUGACUCCGCCCCGGGAGCCCAGGGUUCUGACAGCCAAGGACCAGGAAAUGUUUGCCGACUUUGACUACAUCGCAGACUGGUGUUAGCCAAUCACCAGCGUCCUGCUCCUCCUCAACACUACUACACCCUCCCUAACACUGUGAACUGUCUGUAACAGAGACCAACAGCAAUAUCAACCCCCCUAAGGAUAUCAACAA